AUGACUCUCUUGUUCAUCACGAGUCUUCUGCAGGAGGUUUUUGCAGUUGCAGGAGUAGCAUUGGACCCCUGCUCUGCCUACAUCAGCCUGAACGAACCCUGGAGGAACACAGAUUUCCACGUCAACCAGUCGUCCAGCCGGCCCCUGUGUGACAGCCACGUGUCUGGGGAAUGGUACCGCUUCACUGGCAUGGCCGGGGACGCCAUGCCCACCUUCUGCAUCCCUGAGAACCACUGUGGCACGCACGCCCCUAUCUGGCUUAACGGCAGCCACCCACAGCUCCUCGAUGGGAUUGUUACCUUGCCCGUGUGCGCCAGCUUCAACGACAACUGCUGCCAGUGGAACGCAAGCGUUGACGUGAAGGCCUGUCCUGGAGGGUACUUUGUGUACCGCCUGCCCAGACCCUCCGUCUGCUUCCACGUUUACUGUGGCCAUUUCUAUGACAUCUGCGAUGAGGUUGACUGCUCUGGUCCCAGGUGUGUGAAGCCCGACUGUCGCUGUGCACCUGGAACCGUCCUGGGUCCAGACGGACAAACAUGCCUGGAUGUAAAUGAAUGUGAUAAGGGGAAUGGUGGUUGUGCAGAGGUGUGUGUGAACACCAAAGGCUCCAGGCGCUGUGAAUGUGGGCGGGGCCGAACGCUGGGUGAGGAUGGACACCACUGUAGAGAGACCGCAGGCUGCCAUGCCAACAAUGGAGGCUGCAGCCAUGGCUGCUCCCCCCUGCAGGACUCCUAUCAGUGCCACUGUCCCAGAGGGCUGGAGCUGGGAGAGGAUAAACACACGUGCCAGGUUCCAGUCCGGUGUGACCCCAGCUCCAUCACUGUGUCAGUUCCCAAAGAUCUUGUUGGAGGACUGGAGCUCUUUCUGUCCAAUUCGUCUUGUCGAGGCGUCUCCAACGGCACACACAUCAACCUGCAGUUCAGCCUCAAGACCUGCGGCACCGUGGUGGAGGUCACAGAUGACAAGAUUGUAGGGACCAACUUGGUGACAGGUCUCCCCAGGAGCAGCCCAGGCAGCAGCAGGGACCUAAUUGUUCGGACCGGCAAGUUAGUGCUCCCAGUCACCUGCGAGUUCCCCAGGGAGUAUCAGGUGUCAGACGGAUACCAGGCCAGUCUGCGCGGCUCAGCCCUGGAGCUGGCAAGUCACAGUGAAGGAGUCUUCCGGUUCAACCUGGAGCUCUUCAAGAGCUCUGAGUUCUCAGAACCGUACCGUACCCCGCCUCAGCUACGCCUGCACGACUCACUGUUCUUCGGCGUCGAGCCAAAGGAGAGAGUGGAGGGCCUCGCUGCCCAGGUGGAGAGCUGCUUCGCAACCCCAGGGCCCAAAGCCGACCAGGGCCUCAAGUAUUACCUCAUCAAAGACGGGUGCAUCUCAGAUGAAACAGUGACGCAGUAUUCAUCAAAAGACCAACUCUCCAAGCACUACCAGGUCCCCGUCUUCAAGUUCAUUGGCAAGGACAAUCGACAAGUGUUCCUUCACUGCCAGGUGUUGGUAUGUGGGGCAGGAGACACCCGCUGCGCACAGCGCUGCCGAGGACGUGUCCAGCGGGAGAUUCGAACGGGGGACUCUGAGGAGCAGCAAAUGUUGAGCACGGGCCCCAUCUUCAUUUUGCCUUAG